AUGGAUGAUUCAAUCCCGACGAACAAAAAUGAGUCCCUUUGCCGGGUUUGUGGCGACAAAGCUUCAGGAAAACACUACGGAGUGGCCAGUUGCGACGGCUGUCGAGGCUUUUUCAAACGCAGCAUACGACGGUAUUCCAUGUCAAACUCGUAUCAAAACAAAAAUAAUAAAAACAGCAUAUCCCUCUCUAGCAACUUAGAAUACGUGUGUAAAGAAAACGGCCGUUGCAUCGUCGACGUCACCCGAAGAAAUCAAUGUCAAGCGUGUCGCUUCAAAAAGUGUCUUCAAGUCAACAUGAAAAGAGACGCAGUGCAGCAUGAAAGAGCGCCACGAUCUACGCAGUCAGGUCUUCAUCAGUACCCUCUUAGUUUCGGAAGUCGAUUGAGAAGUCUGCAUACUUCUGUUUUCUCAACACUGCCUCUACAUACACCGGUUCUGGAUGCACCCUCAACAAUCCCUGGACAUUACCUUCAUCAAAAUUAUUUCUAUCCAGGGAUGCUGGGGUCAUUCCCGAAACCUUCCGGUCUAGUUCCUGGACCUCUCGCAUUCUAUAACAAACCAACACCUCAUCCAUCGAUGAUUAAUCUAUCGUCUCGAACUAGURUAAAAGAUGACGAAGUGACCAGUUCGGAAGAAGCAAAAGAACGGGAAAAAAGUAUWCCUGAAGAAAACGUAGACGACAAUAAAACCAACCUAGAGUUACCUCUAAUGACAGAACCUUGCAAACCAAUUUUAAGACCUUUAGAUAUACCCUGUCUCAAUCUAUUCCCGGCAGAAAACGUCUACGAGUCUGCCGCAAAACUCCUAUUUCUGMCAAUAAAAUGGGCAAAAAGCAUCCCCUCAUUCUUGCAAUUAUCCUAUCGUGACCAAUCAAUUCUUCUUGAAGAAAGCUGGAGCGAGCUUUUUGUUCUAACCGCAGCACAAUGGGCAUUUCCCGUCGAUGAAUCACUUUUAGUUAGCAAUGCUAUUGCUCCAACUUCUCGUCAUGCAGCCCUUGAGGAAGAUGCUCGUCGUUUGAGGGAAAUUAUCACAAGACUGACUCUUUUGAGAGUUGAUCAUACCGAACAUGCAUGUCUAAAAGCUUUGGUUUUGUUUAAAUCGGAAUGUCGAGGACUGUGUGAGCCGAGUCAUGUCGAAUUGUUGCAAGACCAAACACAUGUCAUGUUGCAUGAAUAUUGUAAUCAGCGGCAAAGCUCGCAUAAAGGGAGGUUCGGAAAAUUGCUACUUACUUUACCUGCUGUUCAAGCUGUUACGAGACGAGGGUUGGAAGAGUUAAUUUUUCGGCAAACUGUCGGGGAUGUGGCAAUUGAUAGGCUGUUGACGGAUUUGGCAAAAGCGACACAUUAA